CGAAACAGUUUUGACAAUUUAUUGUUUCAUUUAAAUUGCAUUAUGACGCGCUAAGAAAUUACAGAAUAAACCAUUUAAUUUUCUAUUAAGCCAAUAAAUAUUAAAAUAUUAUAUAAAUAAAAUUAUUCUUCAACUAAUUUUGUCAUAAAUAUUCAAAUAACUACAAAAAUCGUGUAAAAUAGAUUGUUAAAAGUUGGCGAAAUUAACUUAACCUCAAAAUAAAAAAGCCGGUUAAGAAAUACAAGUUUGUGUAAGAAAUUCAAACAAAACUGGUGUUAAAAUGUCUUCCUUAAUAUUGGAAUGUAAAAAAUUAUGCCUCUAUCGUUGCCUCUCGGCAGUGGCUCUGAGUAUUACAAUGCAGUUUUUCUUACUGGCUGUAUUUUUGCUGUUUGUCAACUUUCAUGUGCUGCACCCGGUAAUGUGGAUCACUGAGACAGUGGGUUUGCUGUUUUCAUUUUACACCUGGUUGUCCAUAAUGCCUCUAAUAUCAGCGGUCAUUAUUUAUGGUAUUUUAUUGGGUAAAUCACAUUUGGCGGUUAAGAAGUACUAUGCCACCCGUUUUCGUUGGCUGCUGGGUACAGCCGUGAGGAAAUUCGCUUUCUUUGUUAUACAUCUGGCCAUGGGUUUCUUAACUACUUGGCUAUAUGCUAGAUAUUUACAUAUGGAUUACAGAUCUCUAUUAUACAAAUGCUAUGCCAUGGAUUGUUUAAACUCUUAUUAUAUCUUCCUUAUGGGUGCUGGCAUCUCUGCGGGUUGUUAUCAUUUCAUUAAGGAGAAUUUACGCUCUGAACCUGAAGUAGAGUAUCCAAUUUUGCAGGAAAAUAAAGUAGUAAAAAUACGUUCCUUACUUUACUCCACUUUGUACAAUUCAUUGUUAAAAUCAUUUGUGCCUACACUUUGUUAUGCUUUGGGCUAUUGUCUCUUGGGUGGUAUGUUAAAUCAUCGUAUUGCCCGCUUUUUUGGUGUUGAGUUGGAGGAAAGUAUAGUGUCAUUUUUUGCCGUGGCCACAAAUUUGAGACUGUUGUUUUAUGCCUGGAUUUUAUCUUCACAAAUAUUAAGCAACAUGAAUUUAAUGCAAAAAUUCUUUUCAAUAUUUUUGGCUGAAGAAAUGCAUUUUGUUAUCGAAAAGAAUCCUGUAAUUACUGAUGGUCAAAAAGAAAUUACAUUGGUAGAGGCUUUGGGCAUGUCUCAAGUGCCGGUAGUGCAAAAUUUAGCUGCUUUGGAAUUGUUUACUUUGGCUUCAUCACAUAUGCCUAGUAAACGACAGGAAAUAUUCGCUCUCUCAGUGCCGGGUGGUCAUCCCUAUAAUUGGAAUCAACUUUCUGGUCAAUGUCUAUCGCUUAUUAACGCAUUCAUAGAAGAACUUACUGCCUCGGUUAAAAACAUAUCAACCAUGAAAUCUUCACCAUUAUUUUGUCACACUGACAAACCAACGGCUACCGAGGCAGCUGAGAAAAUUCUACUAAGACAAUACAAUGAAACCUAUGGCAUACGUAGAAUGGCUACUGAUGCUCCCACUACUAACAUUGAUUCUUCGGCACCCGCAAAUAUGUCUCCGAAAACUUCAAAUGCUGUACAACGCAUUAACGCCCAAUUCGAACACAUGUCUAAACAACUAGAACAUGCCCUCAAUACCGCCUUUCGUACUAUACCGGGUUUAUUUUAUAUGUUUGGUGAAUCGGAUGGUGCCAAGACUGCAUUCCUACUUUCUAAUUCUCAAAUGAUAGUUUGGUUAACACAAGGUCUGGCGGGUGUUUGUGCUGCUUCUAUCACUGAAGAUAAAUACGGGGUGGUGCAGGUGGUUUUGCCACAAAUUAUUAAGGCCUUAUUGAAACUUAAGGGAGAAUUAGAUAAACUGAAUAAUGUCAACUUGAAUGGAAAAAAACUAGAUAGAAAUUUAAUUACCCUAAAGAAUGCUGUUAAACGUAGUUUGUACAAGAUUACCUCAGUGUUUGGUGAUUAUUUGCGUGAUUUAAUCGAUGAUCCUAUGGAAAUACGUACUUUACAUUGUUUUACAAAUUAUCAAGAUAUUUAACUUUAAUAUUUUUUAAAUUGAUUUGUAUUUUUUUCUUUUUUUUUUUUUUUGGUAAAUACUAAUAUAAGUUUCAUAUUUAUAAUCUUUUAUAUUUAAUGCACUUGUGAAUUUAAAGUUAAGUUUUAUGAUUUCAUUUUUUUAGUUAUAAGUGUUUGUGUUUCGGAUUAGCUCUCAACAAAAUUGUAUUUUUAUAAAAAAAAAAAUUAAUGAAAAUUUUA